CCCGCGCGCACAAACAACAGCAGCCCGAUGUCCGCCGCCGCGUCCUCUGCCACCGCCUGCUUCCUCUCCCCGCUCCCGCCGCCUCGCCGCCCGCGUCAUUUCCUCAGGCACCUCGCGCGCGCCGCGGUCACCAAGCCCGAGCCCGCCUCCGCCUCCUCGCUCGCCCUCCCCUCGCCGUGGCUUUGGGCCCGGCGGCUCUGCGAGCUGGUCCCCGCCGAAGCCGGGGGCCGGCUUCUGUCGUCGGCCGCGGGCUCCCUCAUCGUCGCGCUCGCCUCAGCGUCGCUUGUCCUAGGUGACACCGGCGCCGCCUCCGCGUUCGUCGUCUCCACGCCGCGGAAGCUGCAGGCGGACGAGCUCGCCACCGUGCGCCUCUUCCAGGAGAACACGCCAUCCGUAGUCUACAUCACCAACCUCGCCGUCAGGCAGGACGCGUUCACGCUCGACGUGCUCGAGGUGCCUCAGGGAUCCGGGUCCGGGUUUGUCUGGGAUAAGAGCGGCCAUAUCGUCACCAAUUUCCAUGUCAUCCGUGGCGCGUCAGACCUGAGGGUGACACUUGCUGAUCAGUCAGUGUAUGAAGCGCAAGUUGUUGGAUUUGACCAGGACAAGGAUGUUGCUGUUUUGGGUAUCAAAGCACCAAAGAAUAAACUAAGACCUAUACCUGUUGGUGUGUCAGCAGACCUACUGGUUGGUCAGAAAGUGUAUGCCAUUGGAAACCCAUUUGGCCUUGACCACACUCUUACAACAGGUGUUAUCAGUGGCUUGCGUCGAGAAAUCAGUUCAGCCGCCACAGGACGUCCUAUACAAGAUGUGAUACAGACCGACGCUGCUAUCAACCCUGGUAACAGCGGUGGUCCACUCCUUGAUAGUUCUGGAAACUUGAUAGGUGUAAACACUGCUAUAUACUCGCCCUCAGGAGCAUCAUCUGGUGUUGGGUUUUCCAUUCCAGUUGACACAGUCGGGGGCAUUGUGGACCAACUCAUAAAAUUUGGCAGGGUGACAAGACCUAUUCUGGGAAUAAAAUUUGCCCCAGAUCAAUCCGUAGAGCAGCUUGGGUUGAGUGGAGUGCUUGUCUUGGAUGCUCCUCCAAACGGACCAGCUGGCAAAGCGGGUCUGCAAGCAACCAAACGAGAUCCCUAUGGCCGGCUUAUCCUGGGCGAUAUAAUUACCUCUGUGAAUGGUACAAAGGUGACAAACGGAAGCGACUUGUAUAGGAUACUGGACCAGUGCAAAGUUGGAGACACGGUGACCGUGGAGGUCUUGCGUGGCGACCACAAAGAGAAGAUCCCUGUGGUCCUGGAACCGAAGGCUGACGAAUCCUAGUACUAGUAAACCCAGCUUCUUCUUCUGUACCAUAGCAUCAGUUUCUCGCUUUGGUGCAGAGGCGCAAACACACAAGGCGUCUUAGCAUUUUCGCCCUCCACGGGGUUCAUUCGCUGUACAUAAUUCAUGCAUGUAGAUGUUGUUACCAUCUCUUGUCUGGUGGAAAAGGGGUAUCCAGACUCCAUUCCAGGU